AUGGGUGUGGGUGGCGCGCUGCUGGAGGCGGCGGCGCGGGGCGCCGCGGCGCGGCUGGCCAGCUUGCUGCGCGCGGCCCCGCACGAACGGGACGCCAUAGACGAGAACGGAUGCAGUGCCUUGCAACGCGCGGCUGCAGACGGCCACGUAGAGGUUGUGCGACUACUCCUGGAGCAUGGAGCCGACCCAAACAAGCAAGAUCAUGUGCAUGGCAAUACCGCGUUGCACGAGGCCGCGUGGAAGGGUUAUUCUCGUUGUGCGGCACUGUUGGCUCGCGGCGGGGCGGAGUUAAGAUCUCGGAACGCUGCGGGCUUCGCCCCGCUGCACCUGGCCUGCCAGAAUGGACACAACCAGACCUGCCGCGAACUACUACUGGCCGGGGCGCAACCGGACUUGCAGAACAAUUACGGUGAUACAUCAUUACACACUGCUGCCCGGUACGGCCACGCUGGUGUUACACGUAUCCUCAUAUCAGCACAAUGCAAAGUCUCAGAGCAAAAUAAAAACGGCGACACGGCCUUACAUAUUGCAGCCGCAAUGGGUCGUCGAAAAUUAACAAGGAUAUUACUAGAAGCGGGCUGCGACAAAUCUUUACGAAACCAUCAAGGAGAAACGGCCAGAGACAUCGCUACUAGAAAAGGACUAGAAGAAAUCAUCAACAUACUUAAUACGCCGGUAGCGAAACAACCAAAAAAGAAAGAAAAACACAGAGAUAAAAGCAAAGAAAGGACUAUAGACGAACCAGACGAUGCAAAGAAAAAAGAUAAAGGAAAGGACAAAAAGAAGAAAAAUGUUCACUUCGAAACGACCCCGCCCCCUGUUCAGUGGUCACCAUAUGGCUGCCAUUAUUACCCCGAUCCCAAAUACUUCCCCAAGCCCAAACUAAGCUCGCUACCCACCGAACCACUUAAAAAAGGUGAGCAAUACUUUUUGGAUUUGGCUGGAAACAUUAAAAAGGGACCCAUCGGAGCUGGAUACACUUGCUACUGUGCACCUUUCUUCAAGCAUAUGGAAGAAAAAUUAAACGAAGACAAGAAAGAUUUAAAGCGACAUAUCGACAAAGCCCACGAAAGAUUAGAUCAAAAAGUCACAGAUUUAGAAAUGAAAACGCAAGGACAGAUUUCAGAACUAACUAAAUUUGUAGCUGCUGAAAGAGCUCUUUGUAAAGAAAGGCAUAAGCAUUUAGAGCAAUGGAUAACGAGAGGCAUGGUGUUCAGAGCUUCAGAAAGAACGAGAAAGUUAGACUUUAGUCCAAAAGGGUCCGUAGAUAUAGCACCUAUUAAAAGAACUAGGAGCUUAGAACUCUUAGAUGCAAACUCCGAAGAAUGGAACAAAGUUCAUAGAAUCAUAAAAAAAUUCGAUAAUAACACUGAACAAUUUGAAACUAAUGCCAAAGAAUUGAACGAUAGCAAUAUGAACUCUAAAAGCACCGAAUGUCUAGAUAAUAGGUCACCUAUAAAUCAAAGGCGAAAGUAUAUUCUUAAAAAUUCUAGAAGUAGUGACCAAUUAGACGCUGGACCAAGUAGAUCUAAUCAUACAAUAUCAAUUACGAAUGUAUGCGAGGAUAAUAGUUGCUUGCAGAAUGUUACAGCAGAAAUUCACCUCAAAGCUGAUAAAAUUGUUGUGUCUGAAUCACCAGUUUCAAUGGAGGUCCAAGGUAUCACAGAAAGGUAUACGUUACCAAGCGAACAAUCAACUACCAAGUCACCUAGCAGUAGUAACCGACAGUCAGACUUUAAAGCUAGUGAUUCUGAAGGUGAAGUUGUACACAGAAGUAAUAUAGAAAGCUCCCAAAAUACACCUACGUGGAAAAGUCAAGUGCUUCAAAGAACGGCUGAUGAUAUCAGAAAACGAGGAAUGCUUGAAAAGGAAAUGUCAAAUGUAAUAUCUAGAAAUUCUAAAUCCUUAGAUAUAUCACAAGAUGGCUAUGUUAAGCUUCAUAAACAAGUUAAUUACCCGUCGAGUGAAGAUAGUGGUUUAGAAAAAGAAAAUAGAAAAUCCGUUCAAGAGUUAGUGGCUCAAGUGGAACACCAACAGAGAUGCACCUCUCCAGAAAGAACACCUUUACCCAGAAAUGCACCCACCGAUAUCCCAAAAGUUCCUAUUAUUCCGCCUAAAGUUCAACCGAGUAUACUUAAAAUGCCUCAACAGCCGCAAAGGCCAGCGCCUGUUUUAAAAGAAAAACCACCGAAAAGCAAAAGGUUCAGUUUGCACAACCUGAUACCGUUCCCAACGAGAAAAACAUUUCAAACACCGCCUAAAGAUAAUGGCAAUAAUUCUGAAAGUAGUGACGAAGAAGAUAGUCCCAUAAGGAGCACAAACCAACCCGGACCUAUGCGAAAUUCAAAUUUACUUCAAACACUGCCAUUGCCAAAUUAUGAAACUAUGUCUAGCAAAUCCCACUCGCCUGCGCCACAAAAAGCACAACCACAAAGCAAAGCUUACCAUACGGAGGAAAUGCGCUCCAUGAUUCCAAAAGACGCCUAUUUUCACGAGCUUCCAACCAGACAAAUCAAUCAUCAAAUGCCUUACAGAGAUAUGUUAGAAGAUGGGCUCGCAACACCUCAAUACCCUUGUCAACCCCAGUAUGAUUACAAUGAGCCGGGACUACCCCAAACACAAAUACAAGGUCGAAACAGAAAUCCUUUGUACCACCACCAGACUGGAGUGUUCGAUGCAAUGAUGCAGGAUCAUAUAAUGAGGGAGAUGGAACGGAUACCUCACCGGUACAGUGAUCAUUUGGACCAAAAUACUGAAAUUGAAAUCGCUAACCAGAACGAUCACUUUCGCGGCGGUUACUACGGUAACCGUCCACCAGUGUACCCAAACUUUAGAGGGAAUUCACAUGGCUUAAGGAAACCACCUCCUGACCACAAUUUGCUGCAUAGCCGUUUGCAGUCCUUAGCAAUUAAUACCCAUUUAACCGAAACUCAAAGCCAAACUGACAGAGAAUCACAUAAUGAUUCGGGGUAUAGUACCAAAGUCUACGGGAGUUCUCAAGGUCCCUCUCCUAGUCUAUCCGGCCACGUAGAAGGCUCUGACAACCUUUCAGGACAAAGAGUUAAUAUCCUGCCAACUGGGAAAGGAAUUGCUGGACAGAUUGGUACUUCUAGUUUGGUUUAA